CCGCCAGCAAGCCCAGAGGGUAAGAGUGUUUAAUAACCUUGUGGUUUUCUUUUUAAAUUUUUAUACUUUCCUGUUGGGGCAGAGCAUGUGUUGUUCUCUGAGCAAGGCAAAAGACAAUUGCUUAUAAAAUGCAGAACAAAACUACUGUGGCUCUGUGAAACAGAAGGCUUUGGAAUUUCUUUUAAAAGUGGACUUGAUCUUGGCCCUUCCCUCUCCGUUUUUCCACUGCUGGUGUUAUUCAUCCUGACAGCAUGUCAGGUAUUGCCUGCCUUGAAAAAAAAACUACAUACUAACCAAACUCAGGCUUGAAAAGAUAAAUAUGAAUUUAGAUUCCAUUCAUCGAUUAAUUGAGGAAACACAAAUCUUCCAGAUGCAGCAGACAUCCAUUAAAUCACCUUGUGACAGGGCAGAGUCUGCCACCCCCUCUAAGAGUACCCAUAAUUCUUCUUUGCCACUUUAUGGGCCACAAUCGCAUGCUGCCCCAAAUUUCUGGGCUCACUCAUACAACAUCAAAGAAUGGGAUAUUUGUGAAGAACUUCGCUUGCAGGAACUGGAAGAAGUCAAGGCCAGAGCUGCUCAGAUGGAGAAGACCAUGCGGUGGUGGUCGGACUGUACUGCCAAUUGGAGAGAAAAGUGGAGCCGAGUUCGAGCUGAAAGGAACAGUGCCAGGGAGGAAGGAAGACAGCUCAGAAUACAAUUAGAGAUGACAGUGAAAGAGUUGAAUGCUCUGAAGAAGAGACAAAGCUUGCCAUAUGAGAAGGAGGCAUUCGAUGGCAAUGUGACCCAGGACUCGAAGCUUCCUAGUUUCUUAGAAGUGUCCUAUGCUCGUAAAGAUCAGUUUCAAAGUGGUUUGCAAUGUGAGUCUAUAAGACAGUGUUUUGUAAAGAAACAAUUUCCUACAAAGGAGAGCACAAAUACUAAGGAAGAUGUGAUUAUUGAUCCAUUAAGAUUAAAUGAGGAUUUGAAACUCAGUCUAGAUUGCCCUGAUUUAUUCAAGAAUAGUGGUUCUGAAAACAGUGCAGCAAAGCUUGGACUAAGACUGCAUGCAGUAAACAUGCCUUUGGAGAAUGAAGUACCUGAAAUUUCAACUUUGCAGGUGCAUUUGGAUGAGUUCCAAAAAACCUUAUGGAAGGAAAGAGAAAUGCGUGCAUCUUUGGAGAAAGAAAUAGAACAACUGGAGUCAGCUUUGUCUCUAUGGAAACGGAAGUACGAAGAACUGAAGGAAUCAAAGCUGAAAAAUCUAAAAGAGUUUAACAUUCUUCAAGGACAACAUGAAAAUGAAGUAGAAGGACUAUCAGGAUAUAAUAAAGAAGGAGAGAAAUCUCGAAACAGCAAGGAUAGGGUGAUCUAUGGGCUAAGAGCAGAGCUAGAGAGAUUGCAGGCUGAAAAUGCCUCGGAAUGGGACAAGAGGGAAAUACUUGAAACAGAAAAACAAGCUUUGGAGAGAGAAAAUAGAAGGCUAAAGGUCCAGGUGAAAGAAAUGGAAGAGCUCCUGGAGACGAAAAAGACAUUAAGUGCAAACUUGCAAGCUCCUGAUUUCAAGACAUCUCAAGUUGAAUUGCAGGAGAAAAGCAAGAGUACAAUUGGAAUUGGUUCCCAGAGGUUCCCUGACCUGUGGAAUGAGAGCUAUUAUGGCUGGAAGGGCCAAGUGGAAGCCCCUUGCCCCAUUGCUCCUCCUUCAUUUUCUUCAUAAGUGCUGAACCAAAACUACUAUCAAUAUCCUUGGGUCAAGCACCACCAUCAAAGACUUCAAUGAGGCAGGAUGAUGUUCCC